AACAUGCUUCUCUUCCUCUUGUUUGGUCUGGCUCUGGGUGCUGUGUCUCCCUCAGACGAUCAUCAAAUGAAGCUCCAGCGUGGCGCCUGUCCCAUGUUCUGGUUCAAUUUCAACGGCCGCUGCUACAAGUAUGUCGGCACAGACAUGACCUGGGCUGAUGCAGAACUCCACUGUGUGUCAGAGGGAGGCAACCUGGUGUCUAUCCACAGUCGGGAUGAAGAGAAUUUUGUCAAAUCCCUGAUCAAGAACUUUGACCCUGCUCAGGGAAGAACCUGGAUCGGACUCAGUGACAUCCACAAAGAAGGCAAAUGGAUGUGGUCUGAUGGUUGUGCAGUGGGCUUUGUCUUUUGGAAGACAGGGGAGCCAAACAACGUUGGAGGAAAUGAACACUGUGUUGAAAACAACUUUUCUACAGAACUGAAAUGGAAUGAUGUUGCAUGUUCUAACACUUUUCCUUCUGUUUGUGCAUCUCGCAUAACCUGUCCUUAG